CAACUGUUGAUACGAAAUCAAAUGAAAUGUUUUUAAAAGCAAAUUAACUUUCAAUUGAUUUUGAGCCUAAAUUGUUAACUAAUCAACUAGAAUCCUUUAUAUAAGUUAACGGUUUCUACUCACAUGAUAUUAUUAGUGAUCAUUAACCAGAAAUCUUUGGGUUAACAUAAAGUGUUUGUGUUUGUUUGUUGAUUUCCCAAGUAGUUUAAUUUUGUUCAAUCCCAAUUGAAUCCCAAUCGAUUUAAUCAGUUUAUUGAAAUUUUGUUUUCUCGAUAAACAUCAGGAAUAUUGAUUUUUUCGUUAUGUCAUCUGUUGAUCUACCUGUUCAAAGAUGUUAUAAAGCUAAAGAUUUGGAGGUUUUCGGUGUCUCUGAUAAAGAGAUUAUCAUUGACAGAAUUUUAAUUCCUCAUCUAUUCAAAUCUCAUGCUGAUGCUUCCAUACGUAAACCUACAAGAAUUGGUUUCUAUUCACUUAAGGUAAACAAGAAGACAGGUAAACGUGUUUACUUUGCUGACAAAUCUCAGCUGAGAUACCUGAAUGUUAAAAAUGGUCACAAGUACGAUCUUAAGGUUGGUUAUAAUCCAAAUAUUAUUUGGGGCCAGGAUUCGGUUGGUCUUGAUGAUUUUCUUCGAUGGAUUUUGGAAAACCGAACCAAAUUCACGAUUGGUCGUCAAUUACAUUCCAUUUAUAAUUUGAAUACCGAUUUUAUCUGUUACCGAGGUGUUUUAACGAAGUUAAUGGUUACACCUUAUGAGAAACGUGAAGAUUGGAUGUUAAUUGCUGUGAAAAUAGGUGGAACAAUUUAUUUCCAUCAACUUCGAACCGAUGCCAAAGAAGAUUCUGAUCAAAAUCAACCGGAAAUAUGUAAUCUACUUAGCUAUUGUGGUCACUCUUUCGAGGACAUGGUUUGUAGUGAGUUCAAUGAGGUGGCCGGUGGAGGUGAUUCUCAGCUUGGUUCUGGUGACACUGGUCAAUUUUGUUGCAUCUUAAGGUCACGUUUAAAGUCCCAUUCACUUGUUUAUGCCGCUGAAAUGGAUUGUAUUGAAGGGAAAACUCACCUGACUGAUCCAUUGGAUAAGCUUCGGUUUAUUGAGGUAAAAACCACUGGUACCAUUCACUCAGCUCGUCAAAGGGAAACUUUUUAUCGAUUUAAGGCCAUUAAAUGGUGGACUCAGUCUCAUCUUGGUGCUGUUGAUUCGAUACUUUGUGGUUAUCGUGAUUCAGAUCAAUUUGUUCGUAAUGUUGAAAGAAUUCCGGUUAAAAAACUUGCCAAUGAACGAAUUCACUGGUCACCUCAUGUUUGCCUUAAUUUCCUUGAUUCUUUCCUUACAUGUGCCAAACAAUGUGUCAUCCAAGAAAAGGUCAUUUAUCGUAUUUAUUGCUCUCCAGGUCUUGAUAUAACCUUUACUCAAACCCAGUUACCAAUUGAAGCAUUUAUCCCGCGUUGGUACCUAAAUGAAAGUCCACCUCAACCGCUCAUUUGAACAUUUAUCAUCCAUUUUCAAUGAUAAUCAAUAAUAAUCCUUCAUUUUGUAUGACAUUUUAUCGUGACUUUGAUUUAAUUUUCCUCAUCACCAAUAAAAUAAUUCCCAUUCCAAUGUA